AACAACAACAACAACAACAACAACAAAAACCACCACCACUACUACUACUACUACUACUACUACUACUACUACUACUACUACUACUACUACUAGAGAAUUUUAGUGUCCAUGAAGUUUUCUUGAUCAGUGUAUACCUUUCUUGUUUUCUAUCUAUCUAUCUAUCUAUCUAUCUAUCUAUCUAUCUAUCUAUCUAUCUAUCUAUCUAUCUAUCUAUCUGUCUGUUUGUCUGUCUGUCUGUCUGUCUGUCUGUCUGUCUGUUUGUCUUUCUGACUGUCACUGCCUUCUCUGUAUUUCUUCUUUCUCUUCUUCGCUCUGUGUCCCACAAUCUCUCUUCUUUGUUCGCCUAUAUAUUCCUGUAUCUAUCUUCUGCUCUAUCAAUAUAAUUCACAUCCACCUGUUUCAUACGUCCGAAUCCUUUAUUAUUAUUAUUAUUAUUAUUAUUAUUAUUAUUAUUAUUAUUAUUAUUAUUAUUGUUAUUAUUAUUAUUAUUAUUAUUAUUAUACAAAACAUUAGCACUUUCUUUCUUAAUCAACGUUUUACCUGAUGUCUACCUCAACACAACACCACCACCACCACCACCACCACCAACAACAACAACAAAGCAACAGCAACAACAACAACAACAACGCCAUAUUUGAAAUCUUUCCUAUCCUCUUUCUUUCUCUGAUUCACUUUUUCCUCCAUUUUCAAUUAUCCGGCAAUUAAAAAAACUCUCAUCUCCAUCAACACCUAUUUAACCAUCUACCCUAUCUACCCUCCGCCUAUUUACCUACCUACGUAUCUACCUACCUAAUCUGAUUAGCCCACCCUCAAUUUUAGUCAUUCAGUUAACAAUACAACUACUUAUCUAUCUAUCUAUCUAUCUAUCUAUCUAUCUAUCUAUCUAUCUAUCUAUCAAUCUAUCUAUCUAUCUAUCUAUCUAUCUAUCUAUCUAUCUAUCCAACCAUCCACUUACGAUUGACCUAACUUCAGAAGAAAAAAACUACUUACCUCUCAACCUCCCUAUCGACCUACCUACUUAACUUUCUACUUUCCUACCUGCCUAUCUAUCUCAUCCCUAACUCUGUCUACCUAACCGUAGCUAAACACUCUUCCCAGCCAUUCAUCCACCCGAUAUCCAUCCACAGCCCCCCGCCACACGCGCACGCCCCUACGCACGCGCUCAAACUACAUCAAAACUACACUACACUUACCCUGCUCCACCCAAGGUUUUCUUUAUCUCUAGUUCCAUUCCAAGCAUCAUUUCGCCCGCGUGGUGUUGCUAUUACACCGUUCAUGUAUAUAUAUAUCUAUGUAUGAUUCUUCGCUCACACUCCUCUGUUUCAAAGUGUAAGUAGUGCCUUUUUAGUCGGGGCCUCUUUACAAACCGGCAGUGAUGCUAAACCUCUCAACUGCCCUACUCGCCGUUGCUUAUCUUAUUGUUAUCAUCGGUGCCAGUGCCCUGUCGACCAGCUUCAUUCAACAUUACGACCACACCAAUAAUAAUCACAGCGAUCAAUAUCAUCACCAGCAUCACAACAACACUUCUAAACACAAUCACGGUAACCACAAAAACAUUAAGAGCAACAUUAGGAAUAAAACUAAUAAUAUUACUACUACUACUACUACUAAUACUAAUAUUAAUAAUACUAAUAAUAAUAUUAAUUCUACUUAUAAUAUCUUUGGCAUUUCUAUUGAUAUCACUCAUAACGACAAGAAACCUCACAACCGAAGUCAUAACCAAAGUCACAGCCGCAGUGACGACAAGAACCACGACCACAACAACAAUCGCAGCAAUAAUCACAAUAACAACAACAACCACAACAACAACAACAACAACAACAAAAAUAAUAAUAAAAAGCGUAAUAAAAACAAUAAUAGCCGCAAUAGUAGACGCCCUUCUGACAGGAAUUUUAGAAAUCGUAAACAAUCUGUAACAUUGUUAAAACACAAGCGGCAACAGCGGCAGCAGCCGCGUCGGCGUCAGUUGAGGCAGCAGCAGCAACAGCAGCAGCAGCAGCUAAAACAGCAGCAACAGAAACAUCAAAAACAACAGCAACAUUACCAAGUACUUUUCAAUCAGAAACUAGCCUUGAGGGCUCCUGAGAUACACUAUGAGGGCACAGUGGAAUUGGUGACGUCAGAAGGACGGCGUGAGUUAGAGGAUUACUUCCCCGUGGUUAGCAACAGUUAUAACGUUAGGAAACGAAGGAACAGUGGAAUGAAGACCAACAGCCGCAACGAGCUGAUGGAGACGGAGAAAUUCUUACUGGGGGAUUCCAGUGUGCAUAUAAGGGUAUUUGAAGAGCUUGUACGCAAAUUAUUGAAGGCCUAUAAAAGACCCGCUAGUUUCGGCUCUGAAGUACGGGAAGGCGAAUACCCAAACACAGUUCUGGGGGAUUUCGAACGUUUGAAACAACAGACAUCGCAACAUCAACAUCAUCAACAACAACAACACAAACAAAAUCAAAAACAAAGACAGCAGCAUCAAAAGCAACAACAAAAACAACAAAAACACCAACAAAAACAGCAACAUCAGCGUCAAAAACAAAAACAAAAACAGCAUUUGCAGCGCCAAAAGCAAAAACAACAGAGGCAGUUGCACCAAGGUAGCGGCAAGAAAGGAAAAGCUGUACGAUCGAUGCCACCGUCGCCGGUACAACCAUUGAUUGAAACAACUACAAAACCACAUGUGGACACGCUGGUGCAAUUUAUGCAUCAGUUAAGUAAGCAACCAGAAACAUCAGAGGAAGUACUCCUGAGACAAUACUUUGAACGGCUAGCAAACCAGCCGGGAACUUCUCCUGAGCAAAUCCAACAUGGGUCAGGGUUUGAUAGACAAUAUGACCCAGAUAAUCAAUCGACGCCUCCAUCAUACGCAUGCAAAAAGAUAGAUUCCAGUUUUCGACUUGCUUGUCCGGUAUAUAACGAAAAUGAAGAAACAACAUGCAUUGAUGAUACACAGUUAUGUGAUGGAAUGUCCGACUGUCCGAAUGGAGACGAUGAAAAUAAAACUGUAUGUAUGUUCUAUACGAUGAUACGCUACACUAUUAACAAGCUUACCCAAACAAUGUUCGAAAAACUACAGCGGCACUAAACGUAACAACGCACACAGUCUACCAUUGACGGUGCUUUUCUUUUAAAGCACAAUUCCACUUAGUGAAGAUUGUGAGGAGAAAUAUAUAAAAAUAAUGAAUUUAAUUAUGAAUAUAUGAAAUAUAUGAUAUAUAUGAAUAUGUGAAAUAUAUAAAAAUAAUUAUAAAUAAAAUUAUGGAUAUAUGAAAUAUAUGAGUAUGCGAAAUAUAUGAAGUAAUUAUGAAUUUAAUUAUGAAUAUAUGAAAUAUAUGAAUAUAUCGAAAAAAAUAUGAAUAAAAUUAUGAAAUAUGUGAAAUGUAUUAAAUAUAUGAAAUAUAUGAUAUAUAUAAAAUUUAUGAGUAAUAUGAUAAAUAUAUGUAAUAUAUGAAAUAUAUAUAUAAAAAAGGUUGAAUAAAAAAUAUAUUCUAUGGCGAGUGUAA